AUGCCCAAGGUUCUGGACCAAUUGAUGACCGAUCUUCCGUCGGCUAGGGUCAACCCUGCACCACCGUUCAUGAGCGUCGGCGGUGGACUACUGCGGUCCAUUCCAAGUCAACUACCCCCAUCGUCGAUAGUGGAGGCCGUCCAUUUGGAGCUGGCGAUGGACCUAACCACCCAAGCGUUCUUAGCAGCGCUGAAACGUUUCGCAGCUCGUCGUGGCAAGCCCCAUUUAAUAAUGUGCGAUAACGCAACAACCUUCGUCGGAGCGAAACGGGAGCUAACCGAGCUACAUCGACUGUUUCACGACCAGAAGUUCCAAGAGAAAUUCAUCAAGGAUACCAGUUUCGAUGGCAUCGAGUUCCGAUUCAUCCCUCCCUGUACGCCAAACUUCGGUGGUCUUUGGGAGGUACAUGUCAAGUCAUCCAAGGGACACUUCAAGAAGGCUGUCGGAACAAAAGUGUUGAAAGUGUACGAAAGGUUGACUGCACUGGCGCAGAUCGAAGCAGUCCUCAAUUCACGUCCACUAACCCCAAUCAGCAGUGAUCCCAGCGAUUUCGAGGCUCUAACUCCAGGGCGCUUCCUGGUUCAGUGA